AUGCCUGUCCUACAAUCCAACCGCGCCCUUGAUGGUCUCAGCUCGGCCAACAGCAGGUUCAGCCUCGAUUUCUCUGGCCUCGCAGGCUUCCUCGGUGGCGAUCUGGCCGUUUCCGCAAUGCUCCUUGGCUCCCUCCAGUUCUUCCCCAGAACUUACCAGUGGUUGGGAUGGUACAACUCUCAUGGCGGCUACGCCAUGCCGAAGUUCUACAAGACGUUGCUGGACUCGUCGGCCCGGAAAACCCGCCGAGCCAAGGUUGACCCGGCCGUCCUCCUCGGGUUGAACGAUCUCAAGGGGCCGUCCUUCUACGGCAUCCUCUCGGAGACAGUGACGCACAGAUCGGGCCAUUUCGCGAACUUGUUGAUGGCGGAAUGCGAUGACAUGGGCAUCAUUCAUUGCGCCGCGGGUCGCAAAACCACUCCCCACCAUGUGACCGUUGUCGACAUGCGAAACCUUUUCCCGAACAUCGACAAAAUCCCCAAAACUCCAGGCCGCUUGGUCGUCUUCUUCACGAUCUUCCCCAUCGGCAUCACCAUUGCUGCAAGCAUCCUAUCCUUACUCAUUGCUGAAGACUGGUUCGCCUUCGGUCUCAUCUGCUCCGGCGCACUGGCCAACGGUAUCUCACGCGCCGUUCUAGGGUUGGUCGACAUCACCGUCGAUUGCCCUCAAUCAAGUACGGAUUCCCCGCCCGGAGACGGAGUUUUGGGAGGUGAAGGCACCAACAUUGUCGUCGUUCUCGGCCCCCAGAAGACGAUCGACGUCAUCACCAGAGGCGCGUUCCGUUGUAACAUUGAACGAUACUCCAUCUACCCCCUUUUCCUCGCGUGUGUCCUGCUCGCCUUGAGCUUCCUCGCACAACUUGUCCUCGUCCCCGCAUGCACCGUGUUCGGUCAACUCAUGUUCCUCGCCUCCCUCAUCGCGUCGUGGCUCUAUACCCUCUACCUUUCCUCUUCCGAGCGCAAACACCUUCAGGGAACGAUUCUCCUGAAGCACUUCCUCGGCGACCCGGGCACGGUCAAAGUAGAACUGGGCACGCGCACAAUGACGGUUGCAUUCAUCGCGCGCGCCGUGAAGAACUCAUUCAAUGGCAUCGGGGACAAUGAAGUCAGGGAUGAGUCGCUUGGGAAGCUCCUCCAUCAGCUACUCCAGAACGACACUCCGAGUUGGCGCCAAUGGAAGAGCAUAGUCCUCAACAGUGUUUUCAGUGACACCGAUAUCCAUGAGGGGCCUGAUUCCAGCGAUACGAAACUUGUUCGACAAUUGACCGAGGACACGGAAGAGGGCUUCCGCCUUGCUGAUUUGGCGAUGGACAAACUCGAAGGUGCGGGUGUUCAUUUUGUGCAUAACAACUACAGUGCCUCAUGUUCUUUCGUCAGGUAA